AUGCCGCGUGCCGUUCGAGGCCUGCUCAUCGAAUGUGAUCCCUCGAUCAAAUCCAUGAUCCUCAAGUACGACGAGGAACGGCAUGACUACAUCGUGGAGGACCUGGACGACGAACAUCAUCUUGUCAUCAAAGAAAGUCAGCUCCAAGGCUUGAAGGCACGUCUGGAUCAGGACCUCGAUGAGAAGAUCAUGCAGCUUGACGAGUCUGAAUCUGAGUAA